UAUGCCGAUUUUAUGUUGCCACCGGCAUGACAACCAUGACCGUGAAUAACUAACUUUUUAGAUAUGAAACCGUACUAGAAUCACUGGUCGAGCCGAUUCAACCUGUUAUGGGCCGAGCCAGCGCUAUGAUGUCUGUUUUUUUUUUUUUUUUUCCGUCCGGGUAAUCAAAAUCAAUCUACGAAAAGGAAAAAGGAAAUCCAGCCAAAUCAAGUCCGUCCCCUUCGUUAAUAAAUUGGCAAAAAGGACAAUGACCAACCAAAUUCUUCGCGAUUAGGGUUCUGCGCAAAGCGGAACUCCGCAAAAUCGAAAAAGCUUUCGGACCCAAAAUCCUCACCAACAUAUCCUCCCCUGUCCUCCGGUCGUCCCACCACCAGUUCUCCGUCAGUCAGCUCUAUCAUACCCACCGCCGCCGCGGCCUCUUCUCCACCUCUCGCCAGUUCACGGCUGAAGUAGAGAGGAAGUACUUGUCGCGUCGUCGACAAUGGGGAAUUCAGGGAAGGAGGCCGAUGCAUCCCUUGGCUACCUGACCAGGAAGGACACGGAGGUGAAGCUCCCCCGUCCUACUCGGGUCAAGAACAAGACCCCAGCUCCGAUUCAAAUCACCGCCGAGCAGAUUCUCCGCGAGGCACGCGAGCGGCAGGAAGCCGAAAUCCGCCCUCCCAAGCAGAAAAUCACCGACACCGGUGAGCUUGCGGACUACCGUCUCCGCAAGAGGAAGGAGUACGAAGACCUGAUCCGGCGGGUCAGGUGGAACAUCAGCGUUUGGGUGAAGUAUGCUCAGUGGGAGGAGUCCCAGAAGGAUUUCAGCCGAGCUCGCUCCGUCUGGGAGCGAGCUCUCGAAGUUGACUACCGCAACCACACGUUGUGGCUCAAGUAUGCCGAUUUCGAGAUGAAGAACAAGUUCAUUAAUCAUGCUAGGAAUGUCUGGGACAGGGCAGUCAGUCUUUUACCCAGAGUGGAUCAGCUAUGGUAUAAGUAUAUACAUAUGGAGGAAAUGCUUGGUAAUGUAGCUGGUGCCCGCCAGAUCUUUGAGAGGUGGAUGGAUUGGAUGCCUGACCAGCAAGGUUGGCUUUCCUUUAUCAAAUUUGAGCUUCGGUAUAACGAGAUUGAGCGUGCUCGAGGAAUUUAUGAGAGAUUUGUUGAGUGUCACCCUAAGGUUACUGCGUGGAUUAGGUUCGCCAAGUUUGAGAUGAAGAAUGGUGACAUUGCUAGGGCUAGAAAUGUGUACGAGCGUGCGGUUGAGAAGCUGUCUGAGGAUGAGGAAGCAGAGAAUUUGUUUGUGGCAUUUGCCGAGUUUGAAGAGAGAUGCAAGGAAACUGAACGUGCUCGGUGUAUAUACAAGUUUGCUUUAGAUCAUAUCCCUAAGGGAAGUGCCGAGGAUCUGUAUAGGAAGUUUGUUGCUUUUGAGAAGCAGUAUGGAGAUAAGGAGGGGAUAGAGGAUGCGAUAGUCAGUAAAAGGAGAUUCCAGUAUGAAGAUGAAGUGAGGAAAAACCCGCUCAAUUAUGAUGCUUGGUUUGAUUACAUUCGGCUGGAAGAAAGUGUUGGGGAGAAGAAUAGAGUUAGAGAGGUUUAUGAACGUGCCAUUGCUAAUGAGCCUCCUGCGCCGGAGAAGAGAUAUUGGCAGCGAUAUAUCUAUUUGUGGAUAAACUAUGCCCUCUAUGAAGAGCUGGAUGCAGAAGAUGUUGAGCGAACAAGGGCGGUCUACAGGUUGUGCUUGCAACAAAUACCUCACGAGAAGUUCUCAUUUGCUAAGAUUUGGCUUUUAGCUGCCCAGUUUGAGAUCCGCCAUUUAAAUCUGAAGGGUGCUAGACAGAUUUUAGGCAAUGCAAUUGGAAAGGCUCCAAAGGACAAGAUAUUCAAGAAAUAUAUUGAGAUAGAGUUGCAGCUUGGUAAUAUGGACCGUUGCCGGAAACUUUAUGAGAAGUACCUGGAGUGGUCCCCUCAAAAUUGCUAUGCCUGGAGUAAAUUUGCCGAGUUGGAGAGAUCCCUUGGUGAAACUGAGAGAGCAAGAGCAAUUUUUGAGCUAGCCAUUGCUCAGCCAGCCUUGGAUAUGCCUGAGCUUCUGUGGAAGGCAUAUGUUGAUUUUGAAAUCUCUGAGAAGCAAAUCGAUAGAACACGGCAACUUUAUGAGAGACUGUUGGAUCGGACCAAGCACCUGAAAGUCUGGAUCAGCUAUGCAAAGUUUGAAGCUUCCGCAAUGCUCCCCAUGGGGAAUGAUGAAGAUGAUGAUGAUUCGGAGGAGGCUACAGUUUCUGAGGAUCAGAAGAAAGCUACAAUUUCUGAGGAUCAGAUGAAAUUGUGUAUUCAAAACGCAAGAAGUGUUUUUGAGAAAGCCCUCAACUACUUCAGAACUACUGCUCCUGAGCUGAAAGAGGAGCGGGCGAUGCUUCUAGAAGAAUGGCUCAACAUGGAGAGCAGCUUUGGCGAGCUUGGUGAUGUCGCUUUGGUCCAGCCUAAGCUACCCAAGAAGUUAAAAAGGAGGCGGCCAAUCAGUUCAGAAGAUGGUAUCUCUGGGAUGGAAGAUUAUGUCGACUAUGUGUUCCCGGAGGAAAAUAAUGCUCCAAACCUAAAGAUCUUGGAAGCGGCUUACAAAUGGAAGAAACAAAGGCUUUCUUCUUCAGACGAUUAGCCGAAAUCUCUCUGUUGUUUGUUCUGGGUUAAUUCACUUUGGCUAUGUACAGAUCGUUGGGGGUGUUUAUGGUGCUUUGGAGCAAAAAGGAUGCCAACCAUGUCCACCGGAACCUUAGAAUGCCUGUUUUAACUUGGAAAAAUUGAGUGUCCUAGUUUUGACAUUGAAGCGAGUAGGGAAGAAGAAACGGCUGUGUGUUGAUUCUGUUAUUGUUAGCCCUUUUUUUUUUUUUUGACAACCUGUUAUUGUUAGCCCGAGAUUGGAUUACUUGCGCACUUACUUACUAGUGUACUUGUUCUAUGAAAACCGUUUGAAGCAGGAAUCAGAUGGGUAACAUUAGGUUUUUUUCUGUCAAUUUACAGCGUUGUGUUUUAUUUUGUGUUUUACUACGCCACAGCCGAUCCAUCUAUCAAGAAAAUAGAAAGAACCUAAUAAAUGAACACUGUCACA